AUGUUUCAAGAUCGAGAAAUUGUCUUGACUGCUAUCAAGAAUGGAUGUACAAGUGCAUUUGCAGAAAUUUCUGAAGAGUUACGAAAAGACAAGGAAAUUGUUCUUCACGCCAUCGCAUUAGACCCUAAAUCCCUCUAUGUUGCUGGAAUCAAUAUUUUCCAAGACAUGGAUCUCUUGAAAUCGAUCGUUUUAUUGCAACCUGAUGUGUUGCGUUUCGCUCCUGACGAGAUGAGAUUUGACAGAGAAUUUAUAAAGAGUGUGGUUCAACACUGUGGACGUGCGCUAUGCUACGUAGACGAGUCCUUUAGAGAUGAUCGAGAAUUUGUAUUGGAUGCUGUUAAGCACGAUGGCAACGCAAUCAUGGGUGCAACUUAUAGACUUAGAAAUGAUCGUGAAAUUGUCACCAACGCCAUUCAAAAUAACACGGAUGCACUACACUAUGUCUCUUGUCCUGAAUUGAAAUAUGAUAGGGAAUUGAUAUUACAAACCAUUGAGCAUGUCGAAAAUCCUUUUUUCCAACAUUAUUUGCCUCUUCAGGAUAGAGACGUAGUGUUAGCAAUCGUGAAAAAGUGCGGAUAUUUAUUACCUUACAUGCAUGACAUCUUUUGGGAGGGCAAGGAAAUUAUGAUGGAAGCUGUCAAAAACUGUCCAUCUAUUCUUGCCUACGAUCAUCUUUUCAACUUACGAGCGGAUCGAGAAUUCAUGAGGGAAAUUAUAGAACAAUCCGAUUCGGCUCUUGUCUAUGCUUCCGAUUCACUUAGGUCUGAUCGAGAAUUUGUGCUGUCUGUUGUGUCGAAGAAAGGAAGUGCUCUCAAUGAUGCAGAUCCCAAAUUCAAGCAAGAUCGAGAAAUUGUCAAAACAGCACUUGAACAUGGUUUGGUGGAUAUUCCUUCUCAUUUCAUGAAUGAUAGAGAAAUAGUCAUGACUGCAGUGAAACAAAACGGUGAAGCACUUGCAUACAUUACUGAUCCAUUACUCUUGAAGGACCGAGAAAUUAUAUUGGAAGCAGUGAAAAGCGAAGGCAAUGCUUUGCAACAUGUAAGAGUGGAAUUUGGAAAAGAUUUGGAAAUUGUGACAGCAGCUGUCAAGAACAAUCCACAAGCCUUAUGUUAUACAAUGUUACAACUUUCGGAUGAUGAUGAAUUGAUGAACGAGCUUGUAGAAAAGAAUGAAUUGGCUCUAGCGAAUGCCUCUUAUCGACUUCAACAUGAUCGAGAGUUAGUUUUGAAAGCUGUGAAAGCACAUGGACUUGCUUUGCUCCAUACUCUCUUUGAAUUUAGAAAAGAUAAGGAAAUUGUGUUAGAGGCGUUGAAACAAAAUAUUGAGGUAAAAGUUGCUGUGCAUUUGGACUUGUUAAACGAUGAAGAUGUGAAAAUUUUGAUAUCAGAGAAGAGUAAGGAAAAGCGAAAAAAUAUUCCCAACCUUUGUUUAAGUGUUCGUUAUUAG